GACAGACACCCAGUACAGACAGACACCCAGUACAGACAGACACACAGAGACAGACAGACACACAGUACAGACAGACACCCAGUACAGACAGACACACAGAGACAGACACCAAUUAACACCAAGUUUAUCUGAUAGUUUAGGUUAUUAUAUAUUAUUUACACAAUGAAUUGUUCUUACCUUUAUCUGUACCAUCCUUUACCUCUUUGAUCUGCAACACUUCUUCUGCGCUCAAAUCUCCCUUUUUGAGAAUGACAACUUGAGGCAGCUCAUCUUCACGAUCACUGCCACUGUCAUCCUCCAAGGCUGGCAUCUCUAAACGCUGCGGGAACAGUGACCAGGUUGAAUAUAAUAUAAUAUAUAAUAUAUGCCAUUUAGCAGACGCUUUUAUCCAAAGCGACUUACAGUCAUGUGUGCAUACAUUCUACGUAUGGGUGGUCCCGGGGAUCGAACCCACUACCCUGGCGUUACAAGCUCUACCAACUGAGCUACAGAAUACCACGUACCAUAUUGUCAUCAUACCAGCAGCCCUUUCCAUGUUAAAAAGGUACACAUAUCUGCAAAAAUAAAUAAAUAAAUAAAUUGCCCUUCGUGUCAAAUGAAAUAUUUAUAGUGGUCAAGGAAUUGAAUUAUGUGAGAGAAAACCACAAUAAUUUGGAGGGUGGUGAACUCUCCUGUAGAACUAGCUAAUAACGUUACUUGACUAGCUGAAUCAAAGUGCUACCGACUCUAACUAAAAACCUACAUAUAGAGUAUCUUUCCAGCAGGACUUGCCAUACAGUCACGUAUAUACUGUAGCUCUACAUCCCACCUCGGUUAGCUAACUUAGCACAUUAGCGAAAUACCUUGGUAUCAAUGGUGGGUCCUUCCUUAAAGCCAACAUCGUUCUUGAAUUUCUUUAAAAAUGACGGUUCUGCUGGUUUCACCCACGAUACGUUCGCUUUCGGACCCUUAUUAGUCUUAGCCAUUUUGAGAGUUAGAACAAAUUAAGGAAACGAAGAUAAUUUCAGAUUGUGUUUAGUCCGUCGUGUUUAGCGUAACAAUGAAUCGUCAUCACCCCGCGCCCGCUGAAGGUCAUAUGAUCCCAGCGGUGAGUCUGAUUGGUUGAACCGAGUGAAGCAUUUUAGACCAGGAAGUAGUCAAAUAUGUGACAGUACAGUCUAGUUUAGAUGCUAAAUAAACAUGAUUUCAGGUGCGUUUUAUGCAUUAUUAGCGGGCUUUCUUGGAGCCGUCGCCUCCUCGUCAGCCAAGCUAUCUCUGGGCUCAGACUACCUCAAAGGGAUGUGUGAAACAGGGCUGAAAACCUGGUCUCAGGAUGGAGACUACAGGAUUAUUCCGGAGGAAACGUCACCCUGCGAAUGGCUCCACAUCCCUCUGCGGUUGCUGUGUGGAGGACUGCUGUUCACCAGUAAUGCUGUGAUGUGGACCUUCUUCUCCAAGGCUCUGAGACACUCCUCCUCCUCGGCCCGGGCCACGGUCACCACCACCGCAUCCAACUUUGUAUCCUCUGCAUUCCUUGGGAAGCUGAUCUUUGGCGAGACCCACGCAGCACUGUGGUGGGUGGGCAUCUCUCUAACGCUGUCAGGUUUACUGGUGCUGCACGGACCAACUUCUCAACCAGCAGAGGCCAAGAAGGAAGAGUGAAGGACUGUCCACAUGUGGAAUAACAAUACCACUGUAUCAAUCACCCCACCUGACCGCCUCGCCGUUCCACAAACACUUUGUUACUCCUGACUACAUGGAUUCUAACAUGUUACAUCUGACUACGUGGAUUCUAACAUGUUACAUCUGACUACGUGGAUUCUAACAUGUUACAUCUGACUACAUGGAUUCUAACAUGUUACAUCUGACUACAUGGAUUCUAACAUGUUACAUCUGACUACAUGGAUUCUAACAUGUUACAUCUGACUAACAUGUUACAUGGAUUC